AUGGCAAAACAACAUGAUCCAGAAGCAAUCUCCAAUUUCCUUACAGAUCAGAGAGACGAAGCACCUGCGGAUCUCCAACACAUCUUCCUCACCUUCGAAGACCUGUGGGAGCGGAAAUUAUGGCAUCAGCUGACUGAUCAGUUGCUCGAAUACUUCCAGAAUCCUGAGAGCACUGCCCAGAGACUACCCAUCUACAAUACUUUCAUCAUUAGUUUCGCCGACAAGAUCAACCAGCUCAAACUUGUCAAACUCGCCUUGAGUGCUUCCGCACAGAUCAAAGAUGAUUCGGAGAGAAGUCAAUUUCUCAAGACCCUCGCUACGCGAGUAGAACAGCCCGAUUCUGAAGAUGCGCAUGUUUAUGCCAUUACAGAACUCGCCAGCGUCUAUCUAAGACUAGACGAAGCGCCAAAGGCGAAGGAGCAACUAGAUAAGGCGCAGAAGACACUGGAACAGUUCGACUUCGUGGAGAAUGUCGUCCAUGCCGCCUUCUAUCGGGUCAAUGCCGACUACUUCCAGGCCAAGGGCGACUACACUGCAUACUACCGAAAUUCCCUCCUUUACCUUGCUUGUAUAGAGGAAUCCGAACUAUCUUCGAUGGAGCAGCAACACCGAGCUUAUGACCUAGCCAUCGCUGCCCUUGUUUCCGACUCGAUCUACAAUUUUGGGGAAUUGCUUUUACACCCUAUCCUUGACGUCCUCAAGCCUCCGCACUCACAAUCCUGGCUGCGAGAGCUCCUUUUUGCUUUCAACCGCGGAGAUCUAGCUGCGUUUGAUCGCAUGUCAAACAGCCUAAGCAAAGACGAGACACUCAGUACGCAUCGAACUUUCCUAUGGCAGAAGAUCAACCUUGCCGCCCUGACGGAAUUGGUCUUCAAGCGACCACCUCAUGAUCGUGCCAUGACCUUCAAGACCAUCAGCCAAGAGACCAAUGUCAAGCCGGAUGAGAUUGAGCAUUUGAUCAUGAAGGCGUUAAGUCUAGGAUUGCUGCGCGGAAAGAUUGAUCAGGUGGCAGGAAUUGCACGGAUCAACUGGGUUCAACCCAAGGUUCUCGAACGCAGUCAAAUCGAGGGAAUGCGGCUCCGACUAAAGGAAUGGGACAGCAAUGUGAAUGAUCUGGGCCAUUGGAUAGAAGGCGUGGGCAAGGAUGUGUGGGCAUCAUGA